AUGAAAAAAUGGAACUAUGUACUUAUUUACGGCAGUCUAUUAGGAGCAAUGAGAAAUAAAUCCAUUAUACCAUGGACCGGCGAUCUAGAUUUAGCUGUGAUAAACGAUGUUUACGAUAACAAGCUUCAUUUGGCAGAGACUAAACAAGAUAUAUGGUUGUAUGGGUAUUUUCUAUUUCAUCAUGAAGUUUAUCGUCUUUGUCCACAUCGAAAUCAUCCCGAUGCUAAAAUUAUGUCAACAUUGAACAACAGCAAAAAAAUGAAGCCUUACACUGCUCCCUAUACGGACAUGUAUCGUUUAAAUCCUGAAGCGAAAUCUGAAGGAUGGUACAUACCCUAUUUAGGAGUUAAAAACAAACCCAUUCAUAUUUCAUUUAGAACCAAAGUUGUUUUAGAAGAACAUGCUUUUCCAGCUCCAGAAUCACCUCUGGAUCAUGUCAUAUAUACCUAUGGAAAUAAUUUCACACUAGAGAAGAGGUAUUAA